AUGGUAAAAUCUUUUAAACUGAAAACCAUAAAAUCAGCUCUAGUAUGUAAGUGGGUGCAGUUUUGCUGGAACACUAGCUUACAUGGCUGGAAGUAUUUCGUAUUACCAAAAAUAUCAAGAUUAGAAAGAGAACAGAAUUCUUCAAAUGUAGAAUGGCUGGCUAAUAAUUUUAGAUUAUUUUUGUAUUUGCUUAGUUAUGACAAUCAUGAUCCACCUGUUAGUGAGUCUUUGAAACUUCUAGAAGUUUUAAAAAGGAAUGGCCUAUCUGAAGAAGAAGUAUUUCAAUGGAAUGCUAGCCAGCAUUCAAGCUCUAAUAAUUUCUAUUGCAGGUGUUUCAUAAUAUAUCCCCACCUUGCAGUAAAAUGCUCAAGAAAUGUUCCUGGAAAGACUCUACUCCCUCUCCUUCCAUUCUAUCUAUAUGUAUAUUUGGAAAUGUUUGAUUUUACAAGGCAGGCAGUUUAUUUUAGCUCUGCACAGUCCCAUAGAAGGGCUAAACAGCCUAGAAGAACAUCUUCGUGCGGAUUUCAAACUGGCUUAGAAUUACUAAUAGAUAACAAUCCAGAUAAUUACUUUGCCACUAUUGUUCCCUCCAUUGGAUUUAAUGUUCUGAUACACAAUCCAUACGAUUAUCCUAACGAAGCAGUUAACAACAUUUUGUGCGAGAUGAACACCAAUAAUUUUAUAGGCAUUAAUCCAGAAAUUAUAAGUGCCACCAAAAAUAUCCGGUCCAGAUCGAUUGCAGUGAGAAAAUGCCUGUUUGCCAACGAAAAGAAACUGGCCUUCUUCUCAAAGUAUACCUUUCAUAAUUGUUUGGCCGAAUGUAAAAUCGAGCUUAUAGAGUCAGUGUGUAAUUGUACACCUUUUUAUAUUUAUGAUAAUACAAGAAAUACUAAAUUAUGUUCUUUUGAGGAUUUCAAAUGUAUUUUGCAUAAUGCCCUUUAUUGGACAUUAGAAAGUGAGAAAUGUGAUUGUUUGCCAACUUGUGACAGUACAAGUUACGUACCUGAAUCAUCAAAAGGGAUAUUGGAUUCUUCAUAUUUAACUAACAUGUUUAAUAUAGUUUCUGGAAUGGAAACUGAAAACCAUACACUGAUUCGGGUGUUUUUCAAUGAUUUAUUAGGAACGAAACAUCGCAGAGAUGUUUUGUUCACUUGGCACAUGCUUAUGGGUUCUUAUGGUGGAAUACUGGGCUUGUUUACCGGAUUCAGUUUUAUGCUGGUCGUUGAAAUAAUCUACCAUUUUCUAGUACGUCGAUUAAAGGAUGAUAAAAAAGAAAAUAGAUAA